UUUCCUGUUUGCCACAGAACAGGUUUGGGCUGGGUCUCACUGCCGCCGAACGUCCCAAAGUCUGUCCUCCACAGCAUGUUGGGGGCUGCUGUCACUGGUACAAUGAGGCGUUCUGAAGGGAACUUGCAGCCCACCUCUAGUAUCCCAGUAGAGACUGAUGAGAACCAGGAUAUGAGUGAGCUGCACCCACACCCACAAGGGCCCCUCAGAGCUUUGGCCUCUGUGGUCCCAAGACUCCCCUCCAGGACAGAACAGUUAUAUAAACCCUGGCCACUGCAGCCUUCUCUAGAAGCACAAAGCUUGGAAGCCCCCAGCCCCUUGAGGUCUGAGCUGUUCCUGGACCAACAUGCUCCUGGUGCUCCUGCGUCUGCUGUAUGUGGUCCUGUGUUUAGGUGGUAUGCAGUGUUCCUGUCAGUUUCCACCCCACGCUGCACAGGUCCCGCUGCAGGUUCCUGUCUGGUCCCACAGAACAGAGCACACUGUGAACGGCUGUUAGAGUUGUCCCCGGGUCACCAGGUCACUGAUGGGGUCAUAAGGGAGGUCUACUGUGAUCCUUGCUCUUUUCGUGUAGAUGCUGGACAGAUCAGGAGAACUAUCAACCUCCCUGAAGAGUGUAAAACUGUUUUCAUCACAUACUCCAUUGACACGGCCAAAGACAUGAUUCCCUUCACUAAGUUCCUCCUUGCCAACGGAUUCCAGCCAGCGAUCGACAUCUUCGAUAGCCCGAUUAGGAGCAUGGAUACCACCAAAUGGAUGGAUCGCUUCCUGAAUGAUAAAUCCAUGUUGAUCAUCGUGGUCAUCAGCCCUCAGUAUAAGGAGGACGUGGAGGGGCUCGGGCCUGACGAGCACUGUCUCCACACAAAGUACAUACACAAACAGAUCCAAAAUGAGUUUAUCCAGCAAGGCUGCCUGAACUUCCGGCUAGUACCUGUGCUGUUCCCUGGAGCCUCCAUGAGACAUGUGCCCAAUUGGCUUCAGAGCACCAAGCUGUACCGCUGGCCCCAAGACAGCUCAGACUUGCUGCUGCGACUCUUCAGGAUGGAGCGUUACAUUGUUCCUUCACCUGGAACUGGACUUACCCUGUCUGUUCGCCCGCUCUAAAUGCACUCAUUCUAAUCAUUGACUACUUCUACUUACUGUACACAUUCACUUAAAAUUGCCUUCAGCGAAAAGCUGCAUAUCUUUUUUUUAGCACUUUACAAGAAUUCAUCAUUCUGAGACCUGAUUGUGUGAAACAGUUUUGUACAACCAAGUUAGAUGUAUUGGGGUGAGUCUGGCCAGAGGUAGAACAUUGUCAAGAAUUUAGCUAAAACAGAAAGCCUCACAUUUGGAGAGAAUGGGGAACAAAGGACAUCUCUGCUCUGAGAGGAACUUCAACAAACUUCCAAUGGACAAAUGGUACUCCAUGGCUUUAUGUGAUUUAGGCUCAAUUAAUGUUUGUUUUUAAUGGUUUGUAAGAUGAUGUAAAAAUAAAUGUGGGGUGUGCAACAGUAUGAUCUUAGCAGAAAUGCAUAAAGGACACCAAGUUCAGAAUAAACAAUAAAAAAUAAGUGUCUGGCUCAGUGAAAGAGUCUGCCCACAAAUCCUUACUGAUUAUAUUCCAACAUAGAUCAGUGCAUACUGUUGUUGGGUCUUCAACAAGACAUUUCACCUUGCCUAACUGUGUUCAUGUGUGAGCAGUGGUCUGAGUGGCUGUAGCAGAUGUAAGCCAUCUGCCCAUCAGUCUCCGGGCAGCUGUGGCUUAUCACCACUGUGUGAGAGAAGCAAGUGGUUGCUUGACCUUGUAAGAAAUGUUUGUUUCUGGUGCAAGCGUCAAAGAGGACUAAGAGACUGAAGCAUAAGUCAGAAGUGUUUAAUGAGUUCCUCAAAGGUAAAGUUAACAAUGGAGCACCGGACUUUCAGGAAAGGAUAGGAAGAGAGUCCUGAGAUGUUUGUGUUUCCAGCUUUUAUAAGGUCUCCCAGUGUGUGUGUGUGUGUGUGUGUGUGUGUGUGAGCGUGAGGUGGGUCUUCUUCUCGUCAACAUGUGGUUACACAUUAAAAACCUUUUGGCAA